AUUGAACAUAUCCAAUCAAAUAACUAUCAUAAAAUAACAUAAAACCAGUAAUCAGUAUAGAUAGAUGUAUUACUAUACUCCUUUUAUUGUAUGACUUUAUAUUCCCUUUUUUGUUUUCAAAAAAAACAUUCUCACAUUCGUUUAUUAGUACACACACACACACAGGAAAACAAUUUCGUUUGUUUGUUUUGUUUUAAUAAAUUAGCCGAUUUCAAAAGAUUCUCCAUUUAGAGCAUGUGAAAGUUCAUGAAUUAAUUAAUUAAUUAAUUAAUCAAGUAUCGAUUUAUUGAUUUAUUGAUUUAUUGAUUGAUUAAAAAAGAGAAAAAAAAUAUUUAUUUCUAAUGGAAUAUUAAAUAAUUAAUUAAUUAUUAAUCAAUUAAAUCAUUAUUCAUAUUCUAUAUAUACAUACAAAUUAAUACAUAAUGAGAAGAUUUUCUACAUCAUCAAGUACAUCAACAAGUCAAAGACAAAUGUUUCCACCUUCAUUACCUGCACCACCUAAUCCAGUUCCAGAUCUUAGUCCAGUAAAAAACCAAUCACGAAGAACAUCUGCACCAGCUGUAUCUCAUCGAAGUAAUGUAACUAUUGACAAUUGUAACAACAAUAGAUCUAACCAGAAUAAUAAUAUUGAGACUACAAAUUUGAUAAGAUAUCCUGUUAAAACAAAUGAAAAAAUUACAAAUGAAUUAUCUCCAAAAUAUUGGCUUUAUAGUCCACCACAAUCAUUAAUAGCAGAAAGUAUUUCUCAUUCUGAAUUCGAUAGGUUACUUAUAGCUAAUGAAAAUGUUUCUACAGAAAAUAGUUUCAUAAAUAAAAUCAAAAAUAAUUCAAUAUCAAAAUCAAAUCUAUCACAAUACAGUGAAGAAAGUUUAUUAACAACACUUGUUCAAUGUCAACAUUUAAAAGAAAACAAUCUGAAACCAAAAUUAACAAAGAAAAUCAAUCUGAAUGAUCAAGAAACUUGUUUUAAAUCAUUAAAGCCAACUUUAUCUGAUGAUAGUAGUAAUCCUUUAAAUUUAUCAGAUCAAUCAUGUCUUAGUGAAAGAUUGAUAAAUGAUUAUAACAAUUCGAAUAAAGUCAAUCUAUUGAAUAAUAAUAGUAGUAGUACUACUACUACUACAUUCAAUAAUACUUUAGAUAGGAAAACAAAAAAGACUAAUCGUCAAUCUGUUAUGUCAAAUGAACGAAAAGUUGAAUCUAUUAAUCAUUCUCUAUUAGAUCAAAUGAAUAUUAAUCAUACAAAUCUAAAUAAAGUUGAAUUAGCUAAACGUUGUUGGGAGAAUUAUUUUAGACCUAAACCACCAAGAAUUAAAAGAAAUAAAACUAUACAUGAUCAUUCAAUGACACAAUCUGUUACUAUAGAUAUGUCUAAUAAAGUAAACAAUCUAUGUAUAAGAUCUAAUAGUGUUGAUUGUACAUAUCGAAAUUCUGAAAAUAAAAAUCAAAGACAAUAUUAUGAACAUGUACAAACUUCAUCAUUCAAAGCAUCAUCUAUAUGUAUAAGCCCAAUUUCAUCAAAUCAUAAUAAUAAUAAUUCACCAAUUAUUGAUUCUAAUAUAAAUCAAUUACAAUCAUUUCCUAAAAAAAAUAAUCAAUUAGAUAAUAAUAAUAAUAAUGGAAAAAUAAAAUAUAUAGGUAAAGGAUAUUCACCUUCAUUUAUUCGUUUAAUGACUGAUCAUGAAUUAGAUAAUAAUAAUAAUAAUAAUAAUAAUAAUAAUAAUAAUAAUAAUAAUAAUAAUAAUGAACAAAAUUCUGAUCAAAUAUCUGAUCCAGAUCAAUUAAAUUAUCAAUAUUCUAAUUCAACCUUAACUCUUACUGAAAAUACACAAACAACUAAAGAUCAUCAUGAUCAUGAUCAUGAUCAUCAUGAUGAUCAUAAAAUCAAUACAAAUAAUUCAAUGAAACAAAUAAUAUUUAAUGAAAAACGUUUAUGUCGAAGUAAUAUAGAAUUUUCUAAUUAUAAUAAAGAAAAAUAUUUAAAUUAUUAUCAUGAAUAUUUACGUCCUCAAUCAUUGACAUUAAAACGUCAUUGUAUUCAAUUACAAAAUCAUAAUCAUAAAAUUAAUUUAACUUCUUCUAUAUCAUCAGAUCAUCUUCAAAGAAUGAAUCCAUAUACUGAUAAUGAUUAUAUAAUCAAAAAUACAAAAAAUAAUCACCCCUAUCCAUUUAUUGAUUAUAUAACACAGACAAAUGAUGAUGAUAAUAAUAAUAAUAAUAAUAAUAAUCAUCAUCAUUUAAACAAACAUUCUGAUUGGUCAAAAUUAAAUAUUCAAAAAAAUAAUCAAUUUCUAAAAAAUUUAAAUCAAUCAUUUAAACAAUCAAAUACACCAUUGAUUCAUCAUUUUAUUAUACCAUUAUAUCAUCAUCAUCAUGAUUCAAAAUCUUAUUUCACAGAUCCUAAUCGAUUAAAUGUUGAUCGAAAAAAUGAUUCAUUAUUAAUUGGAAUUGAUAGAUCUGAAUCAUUUUCUAAAAAAAUUCAACAUAUUUCAUCAAAUCAAAAAUUAAAACAAAUUUCUAAUUUUCUUAAAUAUUCUAAUCAUCAUUUGAAACAUACUACUAAUAAUUCAAUUACAACAUCUCAUUUAAUAGAUACAAAACAAAUUAAGAAUGAUCAUUAUUCAUCUAUUGAAUUAUUGAAUCAUAAACAAAUAAAAGAUAAAAUUCCAGAGAAAUUAAGAAGUUAUUUAGUACCAUUUACUGAAGUAAAUAAUCCAUCAUUAUCUGAAGAGAUUAUUUAUGAUUCUCAUAUAAAGGAUGAUGAUGAUGAUGAUGAUGAUGAUGAUAAAGAAGAAAACUACAUCAAUGAUCAUAAUGAUAAUUAUGAAAAUGAACAAGUGAAUUCUAAAUUAAAAAUGUCACUAUCACCAGCAGCUCAACGAUAUGAAGAACAUGUAUUAGCUACUGUAUCUGGAAGAUUAUCAUAUUCUAAAACGAAUAAUCCAUUAUAUUUUAAUGAUUAUAAAAAUGAUAUAAAACAUCAAAAUUCUAUUAAAAAAGUUCAAUUAUUAUCUGAUAACAAUCCUAUAGAGAUUAAUAAAGAUCAUAAUUAUGAUGCUGAUGAUGAUGAUGUUGAUGAUGAUGAUGAUAAAGAAAUAGAAGAAAAUGAUUCAAAUAAUCAUUUAAAUGAUCAUUUAAUUCAUAAAGAAUUAUGGCGUGAAAAAUUUGGAGCUAUUACUAAAUGGCGACAUGAAGUUGAUAAUGCAAUGUUAGCUGGUGAAACAGAAAUAAUUCAUACACCAGAAACUAUAUUACAUCAUAAAUGUAUAGAAGAAAAAUUCAAUAUCCCUUUUAUAUCUAAUCAACAGGAUACAAUGAAUUAUUUACAACCAACCAUUGUACAAGUAAAUACUUUUCAAUCUAAUGAAUUAUAUUCAUCAAUAAAUAAUGUAGAAAUAAAUUAUUCAACUACUUGUAAUUAUCCAACAGUACAAUCUUAUAUAUAUAGUAAACCAUUGAUUAGUAGUAAUGAAACAGUUGGAACAAAACAGAACAUACUAUAUUCACCUAACAAUAUGAAACCAAACACAUAUCAAAUAUCAAUGACGAAAGAUAUGAAUUUGUAUGACAAUAUAGUACCAAAGUACUAUCAGCCAACAAGUCAUUCUGUACCAUCUAAAGUUGUAAUCAAUCCUAGUGGGGUAACAAAUGAUCAAACUUAUCAAUAUGAUAAUAAUAAUAUUCGAUUAGAGAAUUCACAACAGAUCAAUUCAAAAUAUCAACCAAUGUGGAUUAAAGCACCUUUACCUCAAUUAAGACUUUCACGACAACGAUCGAAUUCAGGUAACGCUGUUGUUUUACAACCUAUUCAACAAAUAGAAAAUUUUACAAAUAUACCAAAUUAUUAUUCAUCUAAUAGCCCGGUUAAUUUAACAUCGAAUAUACAAGGAUCAAUUCAUCAUCCAUAUGAACCAAAUAUUCCACUUCCUAAUAUGAAUUCACCUAUCAAUCGAUAUAAAACUUCAACAGUGAAAUCAUUUCGAAAUUUUCUCACUCCAAAAUUAAGACGUAAAACAUAUGAAUUGGAUAAAACAGAAUCUAUCAAAUUGAAACAAGAUGAUUACAAGCCAAUAAAUAUAUUACAAACUAACUCAGUUGAACAACAUUUAGGAAAUAAUAAUUCAAGAUCAAUAAAUGAAAGAAAUAAUCAAUUUAAAAAAGUCGUCCCAUCAACAUCUUAUACUGAUGCGCUUAAUUUGGCUGUUGCUGCUAAUACCGCAUUAUAUGAAGCAUUUAAUCAGUCUAUAACUUCAACAGAUUCAUGUCAGAAAACUAAUUCAACUAAUCAAAAUACCCCGGUAUCUUUCAAACAACCGAAAUUUAAAACUGCCUCUUCACCGGUCAAUCCAACCUCUUUAACAAUAACAAAUGAAAGAUCUUCAGCUGAAAUCAGUUUAACACCAAGUGAAUCAGUAAAAACAGAACAUAAAAAUAAUACAUGUCAAUGGACCAAAAUUAGUAAACCAUAUAAAAAUAUUUCUCUUUCUCCAAUUUCAUCAAUUACACAAUAUAAUGGAGAUAAAAAUUCACCAGUAGAAAAACAAAUGGAUAAGAACAAAUUUAAAACUGGUACAACUGAACAAACAUCAUAUUCAGAUAAUAAAUCCAGAAGUCCUAAAUUAUUAAUAAGUGAAAAAUCAGAUGAUUUAACAGAAACAAACACAGACACUAAGCGGAUACCUGGACGUCUUAGAUCAAGUCUUCGUCAUGCUGUUACAUUAAGUCCAUGCCGUCGUAAACCAGAUGUAACUUUAGAACAAUGUAAUAGUCCAUAUCUUCAACCAAGUCCAUUAGCUUUAAGUUCAGGAUUUGUAUCAGCUGGAUCAAUUGUGAAUGCAGUUGAAGAGUGUACUGAAAAAAUGAAUAAAGAUGGAUUUGCAGAAACUUCACCAAAAGUAAAAACAGUUCCUCCACCAGUUUGUGUUCAUGAUUAUCCAAUUGUUACCAAUUUAGAAAAAGAUUUAAACACAAUUGACAGUUUAAUUAAUGAUACUUUAAAUAUUCAUAUCAAUGAUAUUAAUUCACAAACAAAAUUAAAUCAAUCUGAAUUAUCUAAUAAUUCUACACAAAAAUCAAAUGAACAACAACAACAACAACAAUCUAAAGUUGAUAAAUUAUUACCAUUACAAACAUUACCACCAUGUAAAUUAUUACUUGGUCGUGUAGCAUCCAAUGAAGAUAUUUGUAUUGAAACUGAAACACCAUUUUCAUUUAAUAUAGCUGCAACUGAUAAAGAAAUUUGUAUAACACGAGUAGCUUCAGUUGAAGAUUUAAAAUGUCAACAACAACAACAACAAUAUGAUCAAUUAAAAGGUAACACUAAUAAUAAAUCAAUAAAGAAAAAUCAUAAACGUAUACCAAUUAGUUUAAGAUUAACAUUUGGUUCUGAAUCAAAACUUAAUAAAUCUAUAUUAAAUUCUAAUGAGAAUGAUCAUUUAUUGAUUAAAAAUUAUCGUUCAAUGUAUUAUGUUGAUAUACCACAAGGUAAUAUUAGAACAAAUGAAUUCAAACAUAAAACAAAUCAAUUAAAAAAUAUAAAUAAUAAUCAUAAUCAUAAUAGUAAUAAACAAAAUAUAAUACGUUAUAGUUUACCAUGUAUUACAUAUUGUGAAGAAUUACCAAAACCAAUUUCAUUAUUACCACCAUUAGCUAUAGAUAAGAAUAGAUAAUUCUUUCAAUGUAAUAUCAUUUUUCUAUAUCAUUCUAAUUAUAAACUUAUUAAUAAAUGAUCUUUAUUCAUCGAUGAAUGAUAACAACAACAACAACAACAACAAAAUGUAAUACUAAACAUGAAAUAUCUUUCUUUUUUUCAUUGAAUUCUAUUGAUUAUGUAAUCAUGGUUGAUUAGAUGAUAGUAACUAUAGUAAUAAGUAUGAAAUAUUGAUUUCCGAAUGUAAUUAUUAUUGCAAUCAAAAAAACCAAAUAAAAAAAAGAAGAAAAGAUAACCUACUACUGCUUAUUGAUAUACAGUGAAAUAAGUCAUACUUGUUGUAUAAAGUAUUUGGACGUAUACUACUUUCUUUCUAU